GAUGGCAGAUUCGGGCUCGAGUGACCCCGGUGGUCAACGUGUGCCGCCGGCCCCCGGAGGGAGCGGCGCGGCGCUGUUAAUGGGCCGCCGCCCCCCCGCCGCCCUCUCCGCCGGCCGUCUCCCCUCCAUGCGAUCCAGAGACCUCACCCUGGGGGGGGUGAAGAAGAAAACCUUCACACCAAACAUCAUCGGCCGAAAAGCCAAAGACGAAACGAAGGCUGAAGGCGGGCAGAGGAGGGACCGGAGGGACGCGGGUCGAGGCCGCGGUCCCAGAGAUAGAGGCCGGGGCCGAGGCCGCCCAGAGGUCAUCCAGUCUCACUCUAUUUUUGAGCAGGGGCCUGCAGAGAUGAUGAUGAAGAAGAGAGGUGGCUAUGAGAACGAGAAAGAAGCUCCGAGCAUGGCACCGUCCCCCAUCAUCAAUAUUAAGAAGGAGAAGAGAGAGACGGAGGAAGAGACCAAAGAGAUUCUCGCCAAGCUGGAGCGAGAUACUAUCAUAGACGACCCGUUCCUGAGAAGUGAGCGGAGCAGCUGCCCCGUGCAGCUGCCCCUCGCUGUGUCGGGGUGGGGGUUCACGGAGGAGUUCACCAAGGCUGCCGUUAAAAUCGAGAAGGUGGAGGACGACGUUGAACCCAUGGAGCAUGCAGUUGAAGUGAAACAGGAGCCCGAGGAGAUGGAAAUAAAGAAGUCGGACGGGUUCUUCCGGCCGCCCCCCCUCCCUGAGCCCGACGUGCUCCCGGACCUGCUGCACCGGUGGAGUCUGGGUAAAGGGGAGGAGCUGUUCUUCAUGCAGAUGCCCGACACGCUGCCCGGCCAGCCGCCCACCCAGGAGCACCGGCCCGUCAAAACCGAGGUGCAGUCGGAGGACGGGCAGUCGGUGCUUCUGAAGACCGAGUCCAAGGAGGAGGAAGCUGAAGACACCAACUGCAACCUGAAGGACCUGCGGGAGGGUCUCGUGGGGAAGAUGCUGGUGCGGAGGUCCGGCCGGGUGCAGCUCAUCCUGGGACACGUGACCCUCGACGUGUCCUUGGGAACGUCCUGCUCUUUCCUUCAGGAGCUGGUCUCUAUUAAUUCGGAGGGGAGAACGGGCGACUUGACCGUGUUGGGGAACGUCAAACACAAGAUGGUUUGUUCCCCGGACUUCGAGGCUCUUCUGGAGAAUAGCGCUUAAAACUUGUGAUGUUUACAGGAAGUUUCCUUUUACUAGGAACUGUCACUCUGAAACCUGACAUCCAAAACAAGUCCGAUGACCAUUGAUUGAGUGGCUAUAGCAACAUAUUAAAAUACACUAUCUAUGAAUAUGAAACGUAUGAAGUUUUUAGUUUCUUCUUGUGGAAAUGGGCGUAUUAAUUCAGGGUUGAAAGGUUGAAUGCCGUGCCAAACUCCAGUGCUGUUUUCAUUUCUCUAAAUCUGAGAUUACUUGACAAGACUGUACAUGGAUGUAAAUGUGUGAAUAAAAAAAAAGUUUUGUUA